AUGGCGUUGAAAACGACGCACAAUAAAAGCGGGACGACAACCAAAUCGAUUGUUGAUACAUUCGAACGGGAGUUGUUUUUACGUUUCGGAUACCCGAGGGCAUUAUUGUCAGAUAAUGGCCCGCAGUUUGUAUCCAAGGCAAUAGGAUUUGCACUCAGGUGGUGGGGAGUGGAAGGAUGGACAACUCCAAUAUACCACCCACGUGCCAACCAGGUAGAAAGGCAAAAUCAAGAGUUGAAGAAAGGGUUACGAACCUUACUCGUUGAUAAGCCGCACCAUCUGUGGGAUCUUUACCUGCCACACGUAUUAUUCUCUGUGAGAAGCCGAGAAAACCGAAACACCGGACAGUCCCCAGCCAAAUUGAUGUUUAGCCGGGAGAUCAGGGCCCCCAGAGAUUGGCAGCUUAGGCUGGUCGAAGCAUGUCCAGAUACGGGCCAAGGUGAUCCGGAAUUCUCCGAAGCAGAUCGGAAACCUUUGGUGGGAUUCGAUGACUCUCAGGUGGAACCGAAUGAUGCUCCGGUGGAAGAAGGGGGUCACUCGGUGGUUCCCAACCCUGAAGCCCCCAAUACCCAAAUACCCUCAGAAUCCCCGGGAAGGGCAUGUCUAUCAGUAGGGGAUUGGGUGUAUUACAAAACACAUCCGCAGUCAAGUACGGAGAAGCGGUUUCACGCGGCGUGGGGUUCGCCCCGAAAUGGUUAG